UCCUCAAUUUCCUCUUCAUCUUCUUGUUCUUCUUCCUCUAUUUUUGUUUUUUCUCCUUUUUCCUCUUUUGGCUUUCGAUUUUUGCUAAUUCUCUGAACUUUUAGUAACAAUGGGGACUGAAGGUGCAGAGAAAGCCACCAUUAUUUUCACCUAUGGAACACUCAAAAGAGGAUUUUCAAAUCACGUUCUCUUACAAGACAUGAUAGCCGCCGGCGACGCUUCUUUUCUCGGCGUUUACCAAACCGUCGAUCGUCUCCCUCUUGUCUGUGGGCCCUACAGGGUUCCUUUCCUCCUCAAUUUCCCCGGCUCCGGCGAGCACGUGCGUGGCGAACUUUACGCCGUUUCCGCUCGUGGGUUGACCCGUAUGGACGAAUUAGAAGGAAUUACCCGGGCCCAUUACGAAAGGCUGCAAAUCAAAGUCCGACUCGAUGAAGAUUCGGUAACCACCGUUGAGGGGGAGGCGUAUUAUGCACACAGAAACUACGCGGAGGCGCUGUGGAAGAGGAAUGGAGAGAAGGGAUUCAGUUGUUAUACAGAGAAAGAGGCGAAAGGGUAUGUAAAGCGUAAAGAUCGGCCUCAACAUUUAACAUUUUUGGAACAAAUUGGGAUUUUCAUUUCUUCUAACCCAAAUUCUUGUUAUUGCAACAAAAAUCUUCCUGCUCCUCCUGCUGCUCCUCCUGUUCCGAUUAAUGUUGUUAACCAUUGAAAUUAUGUAUUUGUUUUUAUUAGUUUAUAAUUAAUUAAGGGUUAAUUAAUAUAUUGUCUUAAUGAUCUGUUUAUGCUACUACUGCUAAUAAGUUUAUUAUUAGAUCAUAGAUGUUGAUGCUGAAGGUGUGACAGAUUUGUUUAUCUGUCUUUCUGUAAAAUUGCAAAAGCAAAUGAUUUGGUCUGAUUUGUAACUAUUGAGUUCAUUUGCUGCAUAUGAAAAGAGAAUUUACCAUAA